GCCCUUGGCCGGCCAUCCCCGCUCGGGGGAGGCGCGGCCAUGGCUGGGCCCUGAGGAGCGGCGGCCCUGUCGGUGCAGCAGUUCUUCACUUUUGCCUAAAAUGGCCAAGCAAAAUUCUCCAUCACUGGUUGAAGUUGUAAAAGAAGUUGCAGAGCGGCAGCAUUUGCAGGCAUCAGAGAUAGAAAAAAGCAAAACAGUUCUUUUCCAAUUGCAGGCAAAGUUUCAGGAACUAGAAAAGGAAAUGAAUUCUAUUCUGUUAGAACAAAAGACAACAGAAAAGGAAAUACAUCUGCAAGAUGAUGCCAUAGAAGUGACAAAAUAUCACUGUGAAAAUCUGGAGGCCCAAGUCAGAGCCCAGUAUUCUGAAAAUUUAAAGCUGAGGUGUGAUGCAGAAACAGUGCAAGAAGAAUUUGAGAUGAUACUUGCAAGAAAUAAUGAAUAUCGGGAAAAAAUAAAGAAUCAUAAACAACUCUUUUGGGAGAUGGAUAAUAAAAUGCCAGUUAUGAUUGAGCUUGCUAAAAAGAAGGCUAUUGUUGAAGAAUUAAAGACAAAGAAAGAGGAGUUAAUGCAUGAUCUCCAGAAUCCAGAAGGAUCUGUAAUAAAACAAGUACAGGAAGAAAUUACACUUCUAAAAAGUGAAAUCACAACAUUGAAAGAUUUCAUCAAUCAAAAAACAGAUUUGCUGGAAGAAGAGAAAAAAAAGCAUGCUAAGCUUAGAAAAGAAAUUGAGGUACAGAAUAAAAGAUAUGAUGCUAUUUUAAAACGUUUGCAUUGCCAACUGAACAAAGUCCAUUCAAAUAAAAGACAAUGGCACUGGAACAUUCAGCAGUUGGAGAAGAAGGCAACAGAACUAAGAAAGUGUCUUGGAGUAGUGGAGUUACAAAAUAUCAUGUAACAAACAUAACAAAGCUAGAAUGUAGGUUAUCUUUUCCAGGCAGGGGAGGCCUUUUUUCUGGAAAUACUACAACUCUUAAAUAGCAUGGUAACUGGGCCAGACCUCAUUGAUUUCUUUCUUUUUAAAGUUUUUUGCACUUUCAUUUUCUAGAUUAAACUAAAAUGUUUUUUUGUUUGGUUGGGCUUUUUCGGUUUGGGGAGUUUUGUGUUGUUGGUUUUUGGUUUUGUUUUUGGGUUUUUUUGUUUGGUUGGUUUGGGGGUUUUUUUGUGGGUUUUUUUGUUUGGUUGGUUGGUUUUUUCUGGUUUUUUGUUUGUUUUUUUUUGGUUGGUUGGUUUGAUUUUGGUUUUGGUUUUUGUUUUUGUUUUGUUGUCACCAAAGGCCAUCCAGGAAAAAAGUUAUCGACACUUCUGGAUGUUUUCAAAAUAUGCGUCAAUUUUAUCUAAAAAGUUAUUUUUUUCUAAAAGUCAACCAAACAAGACUUGAGAAGUUCCUUUUUAUUUAAUUCGGUCUUUGAAGUUUGGGAUCUACAUUGUUUUCCCUACAGAGAAAUGAAUAUCUUUGUAUAUUUGCGUUCCUGAGAGACCGAAGUUCUAGAUCUUUUAUCCACACUCCUUUUCAUUGCAACUUACUAAGGAGCUCUGGAAGCUCUGAUGGCCUGUAUUUGCUGUGUGGGAAAUUCAUAUAGCUGAUGUAACAGGCUGUUUGCCCUGUGUCUGCCAGGAUGUCCUAGCAUGAGGACAAGGAGGACAUAGGCUGUUCAGCUAUAAAAGGCUUAGGAACAAGUACGCUCAGAACUGGGCUUCAAAUAAUCUGACUUUAACUGGUCUAAUAUGUGUUAGCAAAGAGGAAGGAGUAGGUUAAUAGGGUACUACAUCUGGAUAGCUUUUAAAAUGGAACAACUCACCCUCAACAGAUAGGAAUGUGUUAUAGAUGAUUGAUUAUAGAGGAACUUAUUAUCUAGAGGAUCUUAAAUAACUAGUAUCAGCCAUCUAACAUCUAAGUGUUUAAUAUUUGGUAAGAUGACUCAACAUAAAUGACAACCUAUUAAAAAUUCUUGUUAAAAUAGUAGUGAACAGUAGCCAUUUUCCUUUGCCUUCUUUUUAUUAUGUGCUUGGCAUUUGCAGAAUUUACAUACUUCUCUGCUCUUACACUUAAGGUAGUAGUUCUAUUUGGACAUAACUUGUAAAAUUUAUCUCUUUUAUGAAAGUAGCUUUUUAUUUAAGGUGUUCUCUUGAAUAAUUUAGAUUUAUCUUUAUUUAUAUAAAAUGAAAACUUAAGCAAUUUGACUAUUUACUCUGAAAAUAUGUUAAACCGCCUAUAUAUUGUUAGCUUAGGAAAGCAAAGCUUAAAAUGCAGUACUAUUAUUACAUUCAUAUAUUCAUGUAUAUUUACAUUUCCCUUAAUAUGUUAUUUCCCUUUAAUAUAAAGUUAUUUUAAGCAAUAUCCUGGCUCAUGAAGGCGCUCUAUCAACAUUGUUAGACUCUGAAGGUUUUUUGCCAUGAUCUUUUUCCUUUGCAAUAGUAUCAACCAGUCUGCUUUCAUUAAAACAAUAAAGUAGAAAUGAAAACCUCA